AUGUCUGACGGUGGUGAAAUCGAGAUCGAGAACUCCGUCGUUACCGACGCCCUCCCCAAGGAUAUUGUCAAGGAGGUCGGCAACGUCAAGCUGUUCAACAAGUGGGACUACGAUGUCGAGGUCCGCGACAUCUCUCUGACCGACUAUGUUUCCCUGCGAAACCCCGUCUACGUCACCCACUCCGCUGGCCGAUAUGCCGUCAAGCGAUUCCGCAAGGCCAACUGCCCUAUCAUUGAGCGGUUGACUAACUCGCUCAUGAUGCACGGCCGCAACAACGGCAAGAAGCUGAUGGCUGUUCGCAUCGUCGCUCACGCCUUCGAGAUCUCCUCGCUUCAGAUUCACCUCAUGACCGACCAGAACCCCAUUCAGGUUGCCGUUGACGCCAUUGUCAACUGCGGUCCCCGUGAAGACUCUACCCGAAUUGGCUCUGCCGGUACCGUCCGUCGUCAGGCCGUCGAUGUCUCCCCCCUGAGGAGAGUCAACCAGGCCAUUGCCCUGCUCACCACCGGUGCCCGCGAGGCUGCUUUCCGCAACGUCAAGUCCAUUGCUGAGUGCUUGGCUGAGGAGCUGAUCAACGCCGCCAAGGGCAGCAGCAACUCAUACGCUAUCAAGAAGAAGGACGAGCUGGAGCGUGUCGCCAAGUCCAACCGAUAA